UAAUCUAGGAACAGUUGAGUCUUUAAAAUUCCUGGCUGUUGAACAUUUUGAGGUUCCUUAAGUUUAAGCCACUUGAAAUUUCAUCGGGCCAUUUAACCAGACAACAGGUUUAUCCUGAGGAAUGUACUAUCAUACGUUGAUGUGCAGUUUCACGGCCAUUCUGGCAGGUGACCAGUGUACUGAGAUCACCGUGAGAAACAGGCUGUAUUCCUGUCUAAGGCUUUAAUCCAAUCAGACAACUGAAACGGGGGUAGGCGGGGCACUAAGUAGAAAAACACGAGACCAAUCACCAUUCAAGAUUCCUUUGGAACUGUUUAUCUCCUUUCCAUUCAUUGCAUUUCAUGAUGAAUUCAUUGAAAUUAGCUGAACUAAAAUUUUUGAUGGUAAUAUUUUUUUUUCUCAUAUAAUUUUUUAUAGUGCUUUUCCUCAUUGGUGUUGCAUGUCAACUAGAGCAAGGUGAUGGUCCAUCCUGGACAAGUUGCUACCCAGUCACAGUCAGUUUUCUAUCGGUGUCACUUUCCAUUCAACUGAACAAGAAAUCAGAUAUAUUUUUGUGAGCAAAAACAAUGUUAUGGUGUGUAAAGAGGUAAAAGUUCAAUGUGUUCCUGUCCGUCUGAUGUUCCCUCUCAACUGCUCACCUUGACAAAACACCUGAACAGAGACGCACCUUUCUGUGAAGCUUUGACAUGAUGCUUUGUAAUCUCUUUAUCUGUGCUCCUGAGACGAUAUUCGAGAGGGAGCCCUAUGCUAAUCUUACCAAGAACAUUGUGUAAUACUGUUGCGUAACAUUUCCUCUCACAAAAGUUAAUAGAAUUGUUGUCACCACAUUCAACACAGCCACAUACUAACUGUUAGUAUCCAUAUUUCACAUGACUGACGUGGUCAGAUUUGCUGGUGAUAAGUUCAGGGCAUUUUUUCAUGAUCUGAUAGCCACCCUUUAAAUGGGUUGGGGUAGACUAGAACAGGAUUAUAGUUCAUGACAUCAACAUAGGGCAACCAGUGAGGCAAAAGGCUAAGAGGUGUGGCCUGGGAACCUUCCUCCUCAUCUGAGUAUUGCAGUGCUCCGAAGGGCUCUGAUGGGUUACAAUUCCUUGGAAUGGAGAUUGCUUUACCCUUUAAAAUAGACACUACAGCUGUGUUUUGAUGCCAUUCAGGAGAUUUGAAACUUGAUGAAAGAAUCAUCACAAAUGCCAGCAGGACAGAUCACCAUAGCAAGCCCCAAACUCCACCACAGCCUUUACAGCCUGACAGACAGCUCAGAUGCUGAACAAGAGGGUGAUGAAGCCGAUGGUCCACCAUGCCUUACUCCGCUACAGAAACUCACAAUGGACAUGCACAAAGAUGACAGAAUCAUCAAGGAACUGGUCAUUGGUCGCAGGGUUGGCUUCUACAAGGUUAGAGGAGAAAUUGGCCAUGGGACCUUCUCCAGAGUCAAACUGGCGUUUCAUGCUCUGACAAAAGACAAAGUUGCCCUUAAGAUCCUGGAUAAGACAAGAUUUGACCCUCAGGCCCAACGGCUACUCUCCAGGGAAGUCAGCAACAUGAACUCCUUGCAGCACCCUAACGUGAUCCGUCUCUAUGAAGUCGUUGAGACGUCAAGCCGCCUCUACCUGGUGUUGGAGUACGCUGGGGGUGGAGACCUUCAUAACAAGAUCUGCAAUGAGGGAAAACUUUCUGACAACAUCUGCAAGAUCACAUUUUCACAGAUCCUCUCUGCCAUUAAAUAUAUGCACAAUAAUAACAUCAUCCACCGGGACCUGAAGGCUGAGAAUGUUCUGUUCACCUCCAGUGGCUGCAUUAAGGUUGCAGAUUUUGGAUUCAGCAAGCAGAUUUCCAACCGUAAUGAUGCAUUGGACACCUUCUGUGGCUCACCUCCGUAUGCUGCCCCGGAGCUCUUUAAGGAUGAGUACUACCUGGGCCCUCCAGUGGAUGUGUGGGCAAUGGGGGUCCUCCUUUUCUUUAUGGUGACCGGCACCAUGCCGUUUCGUGCUGAUACCAUGGGAAAACUGAGGCGCUGUGUCAUCCAAGGCUCCUACAGUAUUCCCCCCUGGGUCCCUGGCCCUUGUCAGAGGCUCAUCAGGGGCAUUCUAAAGGCAGAUCCCAUGGAGCGUUAUGCAGUUGACCAGAUGCUAGGUUGUGAUUGGCUUUUACCAGUGGAGUUCCCAUGGUCGUUGGCGUCUCUGGAACCAGCGAGCCCGCUGCAAAGCCUGUUGGAUUCGGAUAGUAGAGACCUCGUAGAAGAGGAGGAGACAGAGGAGGUCACGUGCUUACUAGAGAAGCUCGGGAUCACCUCGGCACACCUUCGGAACAAUCAGCUGAAUGACAGUCGCAGCCCAGUAACCGGGGUCUAUCGAAUCCUGCUGCACCGAGUACAGAACAGGAGGGGCUGCGAUAGCCUGCCAGUGGUCCGUGGGAUGGUGAGGGACCCCAAGCGGGAGGGACUUCGAGCAUACAGAGGCCUCAGGCACACCUCCAAACUCUGCGUGCUUUCAUAAUAUACAGGUCUGCUUGAAAAACUGAUUGUAUUACACAAGUUUUGCAUUUACAUUAUUUUUACAUUUACUGCUGUCCCUUUUAUCUCCUAUUGAAGCUCAACCCCUAUAGCCAUGCUGUUGCAAACAUAUGAGAGGAAGAUACAAAUUGUCUCAUUCUUGAUAUUGAGCAACAAAUCAUAAUUUUGUAUUUAAAUUUAACAUGACUAACAAGUGCCUGAUUUAAGAAGCUGGAAUUGUGAUGCAUCAUUGCAAAAUGGGGGAGAAUCUUGUGUGUGUGUAUCUAGAUGGGUUUGUGUAUAUCAACCCCCAAUGUUGCAAAGAUAGUUGUUUGGCACGAUAACAUGUAAAUAAUUGUUGUUUAUAUGGGCAAUUUGUGACCCCUUUUUAAA